AAUGAAGAACUGAGUGAAGUUGAGGAGAGAAAUCAUGUCAAAAGUAGAGAAAAACCUUUGAGUUGCUCUGAAACUAAACAGGAUUUAAAGAAAAGAAGAGCCAAGAAAUCUUUCACCUGCACUCAGUGUGGAAAGAGUUUGACAAGCAAAUAUGGUCUUGAUGUUCACAUGAGAGUUCAUACUGGAGAGAAACCAUACACUUGUGAUCAGUGCGGGAAGAGUUUCUCACAAUCAUCAAACCUUAAGAUACACAUUAAUAUCCACACUGGAGAAAAACCACACACAUGUGAUCAAUGUGGAAAGAGUUUCACACACUCAUCAAACCUUAAGGAUCACAUGAACAUCCACACUAGAGAGAAACCGUACACAUGUGAUCAAUGUGGCAAAACAUUUUUGAGGGCUUCAGACCUGAAGAAACACCAGAGAGUUCAUAGAAAGGAGAAGCCACAUUCAUGUUAUUUGUGUGGAAAGAGUUUUUCUUGUUUACAAUAUUUGAAAGUACAUCAGAAAAUACAUACUGCUGUGAGAGAGUUCAUGUGCUUUGAGUGCGAAAAGACUUUUACUACAGCGCAGCGUUUAAAACUGCAUGAGAUUAUCCACACUGGAGAGAAAUCUUACAAGUGUUCACAACACGGAAUCAUCUGA